AAAAAAACGCACAAGGAUACAGACACAAAAUAAUAAACAUUAGCAGACAAACUUUUAAAAACAUUUGACAGCUUUGAUUCUGUGCAAGUUUUAAAGGUGAUUUAAGUAUAUAUUUCUAUACAUUUUAUGGAAUCUCACUAAUACACAUACAAUCCCCUAUAAUGCAUAUAACGUUUCCAUUAAAUUGUCAAUUCUUAUCAUUAUUGUAUCAGUGUAAUGAUUGGACUUCUCGCCUUAUCUGCCACGCACCAGCUGGGUUUCGUUUUCGCUGUUUGUAAACAGAAACUGCUCAGCUGACCGUUUUCGCAUCAUCUCUAAGUUAUGUAAGGUGCGCCCUGUAGCUCAGUAUUUAAGACAUCGACAUCCAAAGUGCAAACAUAGCAGGUGUGAUAGGACUCCGAAGAUGAAUCUCUCUUUUUCUCCAGUCGCGUCUGCAAUGCUGCUUUUGCGGCUCUGCAUCAGCACCCUCCACUGCUUUUUUUCGAGCGUCUUUUCAAAAGUUUGUUACUGGACAGCAGGAGCCCGCAAGGAAACAACCUCACCUGUUUUAACUCAAAAGCUGGAACAAAAGGAAAUCCAAAAUGCUACGACUCCAACAAGUGUCAAUUAUCAUUUUACACGCCAGUGUAAUUAUAAAUGUGGAUUUUGUUUCCAUACUGCAAAAACGUCCUUCGUUCUGCCUCUGGAGGAAGCCAAGAGGGGUCUGAAACUUCUGACGGAUUCAGGCAUGGAAAAGAUUAACUUCUCUGGAGGAGAGCCCUUCUUGCAUGAGAAGGGGGAAUUUCUGGGGAAGUUGGUUCAGUACUGUAAAGAGGACCUCCAGCUACCAAGUGUCAGCAUCGUCAGCAAUGGAAGCAUGAUCAGAGAGAAAUGGUUCCAGAAAUAUGGUGACUAUCUAGACAUCUUGGCCAUCUCUUGUGACAGCUUUGAUGAAUCAACCAACCAGCUGAUUGGCAGAACCCAGGGCAGGAAGAGCCAUGUGGACAACCUCUACAAGAUUCGCAAUUGGUGCCAGCAGUAUAAAGUGGCAUUCAAAAUCAACUCUGUCAUUAACACCUUCAAUGUUGACGAAGACAUGACGGAGCUUAUCGACGCACUUAAGCCUGUCCGCUGGAAGGUAUUCCAGUGUCUGUUGAUUGACGGCGAGAAUGCAGGAGAGGAUGCCCUGAGAGAGGCCGAGAGGUUCGUCAUCAGUGACCAACAGUUUCAAGAGUUUCUGGAUAGACAUAGCAACGUCUCCUGCCUUGUUCCUGAGUCCAAUGAGAAGAUGAGGAAUUCCUACUUGAUCCUGGAUGAAUAUAUGCGUUUCCUGGACUGUCGAGAGGGUAGAAAGGACCCAUCCAAGUCCAUCCUUGAUGUUGGCGUGAAGGAGGCCAUUACCUUUAGUGGCUUUGAUGAGAAAAUGUUUCUCAAGAGAGGAGGGAAAUAUGUUUGGAGCAAAGCCGACAUGAAGCUGGAGUGGUGAAAUUUUACAACUGAAGGAUUUUGAUCUACCUUUGUUGCUAUUGCACUCAUAAUUUGUGCAGCAUGAAUUAUGUCUGUUACUUUUACAACUUGUUCAAGUAUAAAUGCAUAGAUUUAAAUUCAUCAAAAUGUUUUGCACUUUCCUGUUUUUAUUGAAUAUUAUGUUUCUUUGCACUGACUGAAGCUUGUGGCUAAAAUAUAUAAAUAAUUUUAAAAAAAUAAAUAUAUUUUAGAUUUUUUUAAAAAACUUUGUUGAAAUUGUUUUAUUUUAUUUUGUUAUUUUUUAUUUUGUCAUUCACAACACAGUUAAGUCACUUUCUCCCAUCACGACCAUUAACAGCUAUGUGCAAAAAAUACAUUAUACAUCACAUGAUCUUUUAGUUAAACAAAUACAACAUAAUUUUGCUCAUGAACACUUUAUUACUGAAACUGGCCACAUUGGCUUUUGCACUUACAUGCAUGAUGCCAGUAAAGUAAGUUGAUCAAAGGCCAUUGAUGACUGGACAACGGAAGCGAACUUUAACCUUUUUAUUCUCUAGGUAUGUGAGAUAUAAUCUACCUUUCAUGAGUCUGGUGUGUAUCAGUGUAUCACCCCACAGUUGCCAUGGGUCAUGCAUGAUGUGGACAUUUUAUCCUGACUGAACUGAGAUGACUGGCCUGUCUUGUCAUUUGUUAGCUGAGGACAGGUCUAAGUUUGUUGUAGCAACCCAGCUGUUCAACCACAAGGGUAACCUGCAUUAGUUUUGUAUGGUGAAUUAAUAUUAUAUGGAGACUGUAAAAACAUUUUGAUAAAGAGCUUAAAAUGUGUUCACAUGAGGAUAUAGACCACAUUUAACAAGGCUUUUACCCUAGAACCCUUUUAUUCUUUUAUUUGCUCAGUUUUUCAAAAUGUCAUUCUCUGACAUUUCUGCCUCCACGCCAAUAAAUGGAGCUGAAUGGAAUUUAGUUUUUGUUGCUCACAUUGAAAACUUAUAGUGAAAAUGUUCUCGCGUGUACAUUAUAAUUUUAUAUGUUUAUGUUUGUCUUUCUUCAGCUUGGUUCUUCUUGUGUAUCUUCCUGAAGAACUGUCAUGUGUAAGAACACUGAGAACCACUAGAAACCAGAAUCCUUGUAUUUUUUGCCAAUAAAGCUGAUUCUGAUAUUCAACAGCAGCAUUCAUUUGGUAGAAAUAGUUCAAAUGAGAAUUGUAUUCAGAUUCAGGGACCAUGAUUAGUUGUAUUGACCUUAUUUGUCCAGGAUUUCAAAACCUGGACACAUACAGCAUCUGCAAACUAUCUGCAUGGCUAAAAAAAUAAUGAUAAUUGUAAGACUUUGACAAUGAGUAUUCACAGACACAGACUGUGUUAGUGUGUGUUUGUGAAAAGGAGAGAAGAGAGAGAGAGAAAGGUGGAGUGAAUGAUUGAAUCAAGUGCUAAUAUAUCAUGACAGUACAUGUACUAUAAAAAAAAACUACCUUGAUACUGAACACUGACCUCUUUUUAACAAAUAACCUAUCAUACAACAUUUACAAAAUGAACAUCGUAAUAGUGUGAUAU